UAUGGAAACCGUAAGUUUCAAAAAAAAAAAUGUAUGGAAACCGUACUAUACCCAGAAUAUUCUUUUUGGGCCGUUCCCGGUGGUGGAUUUCCCAGUCACAAUAGGUGGCCACCGAAACCUAAUUCCAUUCCAUUUAAAUCUCCUCUCGAAUAUUCCACUUUAUUUACGCAUUCUAUUAUCAUGGCCAAAACCUUCCACACCCUCCGAUCCUCUUAUCAACUUCAAUUUCAUCAUAUCCAACGGCUGAGAUAAAACUUAAAAUGCCAAAAAAAGCAUAAGAGUUCUGAUAAGUUUAUUCUAAGAAUAAAAUCUAAUAAAGGCAGUUUCAUAUUUUAAUGGCCUCUUCUUUUACGAGAAACUACUAGCCAUAUGCUAUGUAACGCAACGUAAUAUUCCUUGGGAAUCAAAUAUUCUCUCUUGGUUUUUUGGGUGCUGACUUCACCAAUGUUCACUAUAAAUACCCUUUUCUCCAUGGUUGAAAAAUCCAAGCCUAUAACCGAUUUUGAGAGCACUGCAAGAUAGAUUACUUCUUCUGUGUCAUUGAAGUUUUUGCCAUUCUCUUUUUCAUCCCCAACAAAAAUAUGUCUGGAAUUGUGGUGGUUUUUGACUUUGACAAGACCAUUGUCGAUUGUGACAGUGAUAACUGGGUUGUUGACGAGUUGGGUUUCACCGAUUUGUUUAAUCAGCUCCUUCCCACCAUGCCUUGGAACUCCCUUAUGGACAGGAUGAUGAUGGAGCUUCAUUCAAAGGGUGUAACUAUUAAGGAGAUUGAAGAGGUUCUGCAUAGGAUUCCUAUUCACCCCAGAGUAAUACCUGCUAUUAAAGCAGCUCAUGCUUUAGGGUGCGAUUUGAGGAUUGUGAGUGAUGCAAACGUGUUUUUCAUUGAGACAAUUUUGAAGCACUUAGGAAUAAGGGAAUAUUUCUCAGAGAUUAACACUAAUCCUGGUUAUCUUGAUGGAGAAGGAAGGUUAAGAAUUUUGCCUUACCAUGACUUCAACAAGGCUCCUCAUGGCUGCAGUUUGUGCCCACCAAACAUGUGCAAGGGUUUAAUCAUGGAUAGAAUCCAAAAUUCAUUUUCUCAAGAGGAUGACAAGAGAAUCAUCUAUCUUGGUGAUGGGGCUGGGGACUAUUGCCCAAGCUUAAGGCUUAAACAGAGAGAUUUCAUGAUGCCAAGGAAGAAUUUUCCUGUGUGGGAUUUAAUAUGCAAAGACCCUUCACUUCUUAAAGCUGAAAUCCAUGGCUGGAAUGAUGGAGAAGAGUUGGAGUUUGUUCUCUUGCAGUUGAUCAACAAAAUUUCUAUGGAAAAAGGCGCUCAGUUCAUAUCAUCUGAUUGCAAAAUACAGUCUCUCCCUAUCUCUCCUUAUGAGCCUUUGCCUAAAGUUGUUCAUGUUCGACUAUAAUUUCUUACUUUAGAAUAGCUUCAAAUGUAUAAGAACUUUAGUUUUUUUUGGUUGCUUAUGUUGAAUCAUUGGUUCCUAAAGUUACUAAUCUUGGAAUUGGUCCAAGAUGGAGGAAAUGUGUACUUUCCAUCCAACAUAAAUAUGAGUUUUCCUCCUGGGAUUUUUUUU